GAGAAAUAGCGCCAUCAUGAGUUUGGGUCUGUACUAUUCCAAGAUGGCAGCCUCCAUGUGGAGAAAAAGUGGAUCCCGAAUCCAGGGAAAUGUCGUACAAUUCUUACGUUUUUCGAGAUUGGCCUUAGCCUCAAAUCACACCAAGGAAUAUUCAGAUCAAACACAAUCAGUGGUCAUUCCAAAUAAAGUCAAGAGGGAUGAUUUAUCUGUAUUGAAAGCAUUAAGUCAAACUGUCAGCAAGGACCCUACUGCCUUGCCGUAUGUGUUUAUAGAUGACCCAUAUCUUCUUCCAAAGUCAGCCGCUGAAAGGAGAAGAUACCUUCUUGCCAAGGAAUCUGGAAGGAAAUCAGCUCAGUAUGUCAUCAACAGCAAGCCAGAAGUAUUCUUAGGGUUACAGAAAGAUGAACCAAAAAUUGAGGCAUUUUAUCCACCCAUUGACCGUGCAGUGAGUGAGGUCAACGAGGCAGCCAUCUUAGAAAGGAUAGGUGUGAGAGACAUGGAGGGCGCACUUCAGGUUCACGCCCAACUUAUAGAAUCAGGUCAUCAUGUAUCCCUGGAGGUGAAUAAUGUCCUUCUUGAUUUUCUCUGCUACCACGGAGGUCACCUUCCAACAGAUGAUGCUGUUCUCAAGAGAAUGUUGGCUCCGAACACUCAAAAAGAGGAAGGAGAAGAUGGAACAGCACCAGAGAUUAGUGAGGAGAGCGGCGAAGAUGUCAUCAAGAGUGGGAAGGAAGAAAAUAGCAACCUGAAAAGAUGGAAGAAUAGAUACAAGUCAAUCCAGUGGAAAGAUGGCAAUCCUGCGGAUAAGUUGUUUGAUAGCAUGGAAGAGAGAGAUUCUAGGAGCUAUAAUAGCAUGAUCAGAGGAUUAGUGAAGCAUGGAGCUCACUCACGUGCAUACACCCUUUACAAUGAGAUGCAGGAGAGAGGGAUACAAACUGACGUCCAUGCCUAUAAUGCGUUGAUAGAGGGCAGUAUCAGCAUCAGAGACGAUUAUAAAGAACGGUGGUCUGUAAUGGCACAACUGAUGAAACAGAUGGAUAUAGAGAAAGUACAACCCAAUCUAGGUACAUUCAAUACUCUGCUUGACAAUCUAAGAAUCAUGGGUGCCCUUGGACGUAAAAUGGGCCUUAAAACGGUAGCAGAGAUGAAGGCAUGUGGUGUUGAGCCCAGUCUUGGAACUUACAGUUUGCUGCUUAUGAUCUUUUAUAAAGACAGUCUUCCCCCUAGUGAUAUCUUGUAUGAUAUAAUGGAUACGAUAGAAGGACAGGAAUUCUCAAUGAGACAUCCUAAAGAUGUGGAAUUCUUCAAAAAUGCCAUGUCUGUGUGUUUAUCACUGAGGGACGUGGAGCUGGCAUACAGGGUAGACCUUCUUCUUAACACUGGAGAGAAUUACAAGCUUGCCGGUGAUUACACUGGUCAAAAUGUCUACUAUGGAAAAUUCUUUCAUUUAAUCUGUCUGAUGGACAAUGCUGAAUCCAUGUUUGAAUACUACAACAAGUUUGUACCAUCAGCUUUGAUCCCCAGUAACAUUGUUUAUAUGGACAUGUUGAGAUCAUUAGAAACUGCCUGUGCAUAUGACAAUAUUCCUCAACUAUGGAAUGAUAUGUGUAUGUAUGGUCAUCGAUAUCGUCAGGAUGUUUUAGAGACUCUCGUCCAAGUUAUGGCUACCUCAUCCGAUGCAAGCACAGAGCAUAAAUCCCAGUUUUGCUCUGUUGCACUGGACAUCAUAUCAGCAGCCAAGGAAUCAACCUCAAGAGCAGACCAAAUCAAGUUUGGUUCAUUGACGCUUGAAUUCAUCAUGAGUAUUUGUCUUCAAGCUAAAGAAUUGGAAGCAUCAUGGAGAGCAAUGCAGUAUAUAGAGAAGAAGAACAAAGUACCAAGCAUUGCAUUAUUGGAAGACUUCAUCCAGCUAUGUGUAGACGAGCAGGAUAUCACUAAAGCCUUAGGUUGCGUAAGGUUGGCCGUAGGAAGCGGAUUACCAGGAUCUGUUGGGUUAGCUGACAGCAUCAGAACAAAUCUCAAGCUUAACAGUCAACAAAGGAAACUAUUGGAGGAUAUAAUGAUCGAGGAGGAUAUGUUAUGAAGCCCAGGUUUUUGACCAUACCCAUCUUACAAAGAGUUACGAUUGAUCCAAUAAAUUGUAAAUCCAUGGAAAUCCAUCAGUGUCUUAAUU